AUGAGCAUCCGCAGCGAGUCCAUCGCCGAUGACGGCAAGCAGCGUACCCUUGUGGAUAUCGCCCCAGAAUCAUUCGCCGGCCCGUCAUCAAGACCAAAUGUCUCCGAGGGAGACUUUGUCACAGAGCGAGAAGACCGAGAUCUGAACAGAGGACUCCAUCAACGACACAUUUCACUCAUCGCCCUGGCUGGUGCAAUUGGAACCGGUCUCUUCCUCGGCCUUGGAUCUAGCAUACAGACUGCAGGUCCUUUGGGCGCUCUCCUCGCAUAUGCUACCAUCGGCCUGGUUGUAUGCGCCGUUCAGUUUGCAUUAGGCGAAGUCACAGCUCUGCUCCCGGUAACUGGAAGUUUCGUCAGACAUGCAGAAUUCUUCGUAGACCCAGCUUGGGGCUUCGCCAUCGGUUGGAACAUCGUCUAUGGCAACUGGUUCUCUAUCCCGGCCGAGAUCUCUGCUAUAUGCGUCUUGUUCAACUACUGGACGGAUGUCAAUUCCAGCGUGUGGAUCAUUUUGUGCAUAUUUCUUACAUUUAUUGUUGGCAUUGCCUUUAUCCGUGUCUACGGAGAAGUUGAGUUUUGGUUCGCACUGCUCAAGAUUUUCUUCAUCAUAUUCCUAAUCAUCUUGGGACUUGUGAUCAACCUAGGAGGAGUCCCAGGUGUAGAGCGGAUCGGAUUCCGAUUCUGGGUAUCUCCAGGACCUUUCGUUGAGUUCAUAGGAACUGGUGCAUGGGGCAGGUUUCUCGGGUAUUGGGCCGCCAUGAGCGCUGCCGUCUUCUCCUUCGCCGGCACCGAAUCUGUGGCCAUGGCCGCCGCAGAGACGAGGAAUCCACGACAGUCGAUUCCCCGGGCGUGCAAGCGAGUCUUCACCCGCGUUGCUCUGUUUUAUAUUUUGUCCGUUCUGGUUGUUGGAAUGCUUGUUGCUAGCAACGAUCCUCGCCUGAACGACCAAUCUGGGACGGCCGCACAGUCGCCAUUUGUCAUUGCAGCAAGUGCUGCAAAGCUGACUGCCAUUCCUAGCGUGGUGAACGCCGUUGUAAUUACCUCUGCCUGGUCAUCAUCCAACCAGGCUUUACUCUCUGGUACUCGCGUGCUGUACGCCCUGGCUUUAAAGUCUCAAGCGCCGAAGAUCCUGCUCCGAACCACAAGCUGGGGCGUGCCUUACGUUUGCGUACUGGUUCAAACAGCAUUCAUGUUUCUUGCAUUCCUAAGCUUGUCCAGCAGCGCCCUGACAGUGUUCUACUGGUUCUUGAACCUCACUGCUUGUGGCGUGCUCAUCAGCUGGAUCUCAAUCCUCGUCAAUCAUCAACGCUUAUUGCUUGCAAUGAAGAAGCAAUCCAUACCCGUUUCGCUUCUUCCUUGGCACAACAAGUGGACUAAAUACUCCACGCCUGCAGCUCUUUUCAUGUGCAUACUGAUUCUAUUUACCUCUGGCUAUGAGGUCUUCACAGCAGGAAACUGGAGCUCAAGCAAUUUCAUCAGCAGCUAUCUGGACAUUGGACUUGUCAUCACCGCGUUCCUGAUCUGGAAGUACUUGAAGCGAACGAGGUUCGUGAAGCUCGAAGAUAUACCCAUCAGGGCUGCACUUGAUGAGGUCGACCGGAAUCCGGAACCGCUGGAGCCUUCUGCCAGGGGAUGGCGCAAGAUCGUUGGCUCUCUAUGGGAUUGA